AUGGCCGAGGCACUUGCUAUAAUCGGGCUGGUAUCUAAUAUCAUAUCUUUCAUCGACUUCGGCAUCAAAUUCGCUUCUGGAGCUCGAAACGUGCGCGGUUCCGUUCACGGCACGACUGCGGAGGUUCGAGAGCUUGAACUCAUCGUGAAAGACGUUAAGAUAUAUCACGAGCGAGUCAAGAAGCAGCAAACUUCCGGUCAAAAGCUGUCCGUACACGAAGAGCACAUUUUGGGCAUGGUCCAACAAUGCCGCGACAUAGCCGAAGAGUUGCGCAAGAUUAUCGCCCGGCUACAUGUGCGCCAAGGUCGCUCGAAAACCCUCGAAAGUAGUCGCGUCCUUUUCCAAGGUCUCUGGAAACAACGCGACAUCGAGGCUCUACGAGCAAGGCUUGAUGCGCUAGAUAAGCGCAUUCGGGUGAAUGUUGAACACAUUAUCCGGAGUGAUCAUCACUCUUCGCUAUCAGCCAAACUAGACGCCGUGAAGACAGCUCAAGAUGCCUUAGCAAUCAGCUAUGACGCCAAGCUGGAUCAGAUUCGAGACGAAAUACUCACACUCGUAGCACAAACUCGCACGAGCGAAGGCGCCACGCAUGUCGCGCAAUUGACUAGCCUGAAGACGAAGUUUGAUGCACUUGGCAAAGAGCACACGGCAUGCACCAAGCAAACCGCCACUAUACGAAGCCUCUACUUCCCAGCAGGCAGCGGCAAGUCAACUCUGAUGAAGUUCGUGACUGAAAACCCUCGCACUUUCGAAUGUCUUGCAGGCUGGGCAGGCACGACCAAACUCUGCACGGCGAGUUACUACUUCUGGAAUCAAGGCUAUGAAAUGCAAAAGAGUCAAGUAGGACUCUUCCAGUCGCUUCUGUACCAGAUACUCAAAUCUGUACCCAGACUCAUUGAGAUAGUGUGCCCAAACCGUCUGGAGCACGAAGAGUGGGACGUGGAAGAAUUGAAAGCUACGUUCGGGCGCAUCGCUACCCAGACAGAUUUGGAAGUCAAGUUUUGCUUCUUUAUCGACGGCUUAGACGAGUACAACGGGGCUGAGGAAGAUGUUGUCAGCGCCCUGAAAUUUCUCUCUAUAUCAAAGGACAUCAAGAUCUGUGCCUCGACACGGCCUCGCUCGGUGUUCGAGAGGUUUUUCAACAACACAUCUCGCACGUUCGACAUUAAGAGUUUUACCAAAGAAGACAUGGGACGCCAUGUUCAGCGUCUCCUCGGGGAGAAUGAGAACUUCCAACGCCUGGCGGAUGCCGAUACCACGUGCGUAUCAAUAACGAAGGUGAUUGCAGACCUUGCGCAGGGCGUAUGGUUAUGGGUCUUCCUCAUUACUCGUGACCUCGUACACGCUGUCGAUCGAGAUGAAGGUGUGGACAUGCUGUGGAAUAUCGUCAAUCUCUUCCCAGCAGAUCUAGAGACGUACUUUGAGCGCAUGGUCAAGGCUAUUAAGCCUCAGUAUCUUGAAGAGAUGUCACAAAUCUUCUUGAUCACGGUCGAUGAGCUGCAACCGCUACCGUUAUACGCGUUCUCUCUGCUGAAACACCAACGCAAGAACCCCGCCUAUGCCACCAACCUCCCUAUACAGCCCAUUCGCGAAGACGAUUUGAAAAGCGAGUAUCCCAAGUGGAAGUCGCUCAUUCGGAACCGAUGUAGCGAUCUUCUCGUUGUUAAUGAUGAAGAGUAA